UUCAUCUGAGGAAUUAGAUGAUGGACAAGGAAAAAUGCGUGAUGAUAUUUUAGAAAAAUUACGUGAUCAUGUACGUGAUGAAGCAGCAUUUGUUCGUCAACGUUGUUUACAAUUAUGGAUAUCACUUGUAAUACAAAAAAGAGUUCCUGUUAAACAAUAUCUUCGUGUAUUUGAACUCGGACUUGAUCGAUUAAGAGAUAAAGCUUGUAGAGUUCGAAAACAUGCAGUAACACUUGUUAUGCAUAUGGUUCUUAAUAAUCCUUAUUUAGUUAUUGAUUCAACUCGAGCUCAAAUUGAAAAAGGACAAAAUGAUGCUAAAACAAAAUUAGUUGAACUUCGUCAGGAACUUGAAAAAUUAAAUAAAAAUAUAAAAGAAGAUAAAAAAAUGGAAGAAAAAAAGUCUCAAUCGGAUGAUGAAGAUAGUGGAGGUGAAGAUAACACUAUUGAUGAAGAUAAUGAAGUUGAUGUUGAUAAUAAUCAAAAAAAAGAAACAGAGGAGAACAAACAAUCAAUUGAAGAACAAAUAAUGCAUGUCGAAAACGUUGUUACUUUUUAUAAAGAUGGUUUUCGAUUCAUAGAUUUAAUGGAACAAGCAAAUCAAGAUGUUGUAAAUUUAUUUAAAUCUCCAACAUUAGCUGAUUGUAUACAAGCUAUUGAUUUUUUUGUUAAUCUUCGUCAUUAUCGUCCUACUUUGCCAAAUAUGGAACAAAAUUUACGUUUAAUGUUUCGCCUUAUUUGGUCUGUUAAUGAAUCAAAAUGUAAAGCACUUAGACAAGCUUUUGUUAAAUUUUGUUUUGAUGUAUCACCAACUAUUCCUCCAAUACAUAUUCCUUUGUAUCAAGCUCAUGCUAUAAUUCGUGCUCUUAAAGAUGCAACAUAUGAGGAAGAAUUAUAUUUUAAAGAAAUUCUUAAACAAUUAAUAGAAGAAAAAAAAAUUGCAACUGAAACUAUAACUGAAGCUUUAUGGAAAUUUUAUCAAUUGCCAUAUGAUGAUAAUACUGAUGUUAUUGCUGGCAAAAUUCUUACAUUUAUCGUUGGAAAUGAAGUUAAUACAAAAUUAAAUGAUAUAACUGAUAUUAUUCAAACUAAAGAAAAAAAUCAUCGUUUUGUACAUAUAUCUUGUUUACUUUUACAAUUAGCGGCUACACCAAAAAAGAUUGAAAAUGAUAUUCGACCAAAACAAUUUCGUUUACCAAAAACUCAUUGUCUAUUUGAAAUUCUUAGCAAAAUUAUUGUGUCAACAUUUGAUGAUGUUUUCAAUCAAGAAUGGAAACCAAUGCUGGAAUCAACAUUUGAUGUUAUAGUUAAAUUAGCUGAUGAUCCAAUAAAACAUAUUGAAAAUAUAAUAAAAAAACUUG